CACUAACAUUAGUUCUUUUCUGUACUUGAUGUUUGCGUCUAUGCAUCCCGACUCUUUCCUAACGACCUUUAUUCGAAUGAUMACUCUAACCGGGCGAACCAACCAUGACGAUAUCUACUUCAAGACUUUUCUACAUGGUUCCCGAGUCGCAAUCAGAAUCAGAAUUAGAACAGGAAGAAAAUGAUUCAUUUUGCGACGACGACGACGACGACGGCGAUGGCGAUAACGCUGUCGAUAAUGACAACGAAGGAAACCAGCAGCAUCAACACUGUCAACCAASUCUUAUUGAUAUCGAUAUGCAUCCCUAUGUUUCUUGUCUCUCAAGUCUUCACGAACACGACUGCCUCGUCGUUGUUUUAGGCUUCCUCGCUUUUCAAGACUUGAAUAAUUUCUCGCUUGUUUCGAAACAAUGCUAUAAYGCUCGAUCCCAUGAAACCCUAGACCAAACUCGAGAGGGAUCUAUCUAUCUCGGGAAGGGCAUACAGAGCAUUGAUGAAUUGGUACAAAAGAUCCGACAAAAGGGAUGGGACAAGCACUUCGAGGGCAAUCGGACGCAUCUUCAUUUGUCGGGCCUGAAUUCUUUGUCCUCAAACAUUGAGAGCAUCGACGGGGAAUUCAUAGAGAAUUUCCCCCCACUCGAGCACGUUAAAAGUCUAGACUGUUCGACGUUUCACSUGCACUGCCGGAGUUAUAGAAAUAGAAUCAGAGGGAACAAUAGGAAUACCAAUUGCCAAAUAAAGAGCGGUAGCGACCAUGAGUCGCCGUCAUCCGAGGCAACCGAUGAAACUCUGAUCACCCACGACGAUUCCAAUAGCAGACCAUUUCCACCGUCACCAACGUCCUGGUUGUUUCCAUACCGGGAUUAUAUCGACAAGGGAUUCGCGCACGGACUUGUCUUAAGUUUAUUGGUACCGAACCUUCGAGAGAUCGAUAUGUCCAAUUUACCUUUGACCUCAAUCGGUGUUGCAUGGAUUGCCGAAAACAACCCCAAAUUGGAAGUCCUUACCUGGAACGGAUCUCUCAUUUGGCCCAUCAACGAAGAUAUUAUGCGGGCCUGCCUGAAYCUCAAGGAACUGUACAUUGACGAUGCACGGCUAUUGUUUGACCACAACAGUCGUCGACAACGAAGUAGACGACUACUACAAAUCGGCGAUAGGAAUUCUAACGAGACAGACAAUCACGAAAUUGCGGACGAGAACAACAACAACAGCAAUAAUUAUGACACGGAAGCCAUCUUGUCCUCCAUGGCGCAAAAUUUUCAGUCCUUGGUUCGAGUAAGCUGUCGCAGAAUUCAAUGGUACAACGAAAAUAGCAGAUUCACGAACAUUAGAGAAACCAAGCAGGGACAGGCAUCCUUGAUGAGGUUUGUGCGAUUAGCASCAAAUCUCAAGUGGUUUCGGAGUGAUCUAACGAUUGAGAACAUUGCAAUAYUGAAGGAAGAACGACCCGAUGUUAUUUUUUGUUGUUGAGAUGGUUUUUCGAAGGAACACCUACUUCAUUUUUAUUUAAGGAUGCUUUGUGAAAGAUCAAAGGAGAGGAAAUGUAUAAGGAAUAAAUUUUCCCCCCUGCCGACACGAGAUGAACUGCGAAUGGACUACAAUAGCUAUCAGGUAAAACUGCCUGCUAAUACAUCGAAAGGUUUCAU